AUGUCCAGUAAUGGCAUAUCGGCGGAGAAUAAGGUUCCUUUGUUAAACUCGUCGUCAUCGGAGGUCGACAGACAUCACCACACGACCGACACAAAUCUUUCACGAAGAAUUUGGGUAGAAACGAAGAAGCUAUGGCACAUAGUAGGACCCUCCAUUUUCACCCGAGCCUCUUCUUAUUCCAUGAUGGUUAUCACCCAAGCUUUCGCCGGCCAUGUUGGCGAUGUUGAGCUCGCUGCUAUCUCUAUCACCACCAACCUCAUCCUCGGCUUCAACUUAGGCCUCAUGCUUGGGAUGGCGAGUGCGCUAGAGACGCUGUGUGGGCAAGCAUACGGGGCAAAAAGAUAUCACAUGUUUGGCGUAUAUCUACAACGUUGUUGGGUAGUUCUAUGGCUGGUCAGUUUGGCGAUGAUUCCAUUGUAUCUCUACGCUACACCGGUGUUGAAGCUACUAGGGCAGCCGGAGGAGGUGUCGGAGCUGUCCGGACCGGUUGCGUUAGCUCUCCUUCCGCUUCAAUUCUCCUUCGCGUCUUGGUUUCCUGUGCACAGGUUCUUGCAGUGCCAGCUGAAGAACUUCGUGGUAGCCUGGAUUAGUUUUGGGGCCUUAAUUGUGCAUAUUUUAAUCAACUGGUUGAUUGUGUACCAGCUGAAGCUUGGGAUCAUCGCCACCGCCCUUGCGCUGUCAUUUUCUUGGUGGCUUAUUGUGGUGGGGCUGUUUGUGUACACUGUCUCCGGCGGGUGUCCUCUUACUUGGACUGGUUUCUCCAUGGCAGCCUUUUCCGAUCUUUGGGCUUUCUUCAAACUCUCCAUAUCUUCCGGAAUCAUGUUAUGGUAA